GUCAUCAUGCUAGUUGAUAGGGCGGACGGGAAUAAGAAAAAACAUACGGUAUUCUGUUAUGGUACACUAAUGGUACCUCAGAUACUGAAAAGUGUGCUAGAUAAUGAGCCGAUAACGGCGUUUAACGUAUCGAACGCCACUUUGAAAGGCUAUACUCGGCACCACGUAAUCGGGGAGGACUAUCCUGCGAUAACUAAAGAUGGAGAGACAGUAUUGCAGAAGAAAUUGACGGAUGAAGAAUCAACUGUACACGGAGCACUGAUUGAAGGACUUGCAGAUUAUCAUAUGGACUUAUUAGAUCAAUUCGAAGGUGACGAAUAUGAGAGAAUAUCUACAAAAGCAUUCAGAACAACAGAAAAUGAAAUUUGCACAGAACAGUGGAAACCCUCUGGUAAAACAACACCCCAUAACUUUGAUGAGGUUGAUUGUGAGGUGUAUGUCUGGAGAGACAGCAGUGAUAGAUUAGAAAGCAAGCUAUGGACGUUUGAUGCAUUCAUAAAGGAAAAACUAUACCGCUGGGUAAAAAUAGAUGAUAAUAAUAUGUCUGAUGAAUUAUCGGAACUAGUAUCUAACUUUAUGUUCAUAAGAAAUGAUAGGAGGAAAGAUAUCAGCUGUUGUAGCUCACGUUCGCAGACUCCUACACCAAAGAAAAUAGGUUUUGGUAGAGAAAGAAGGCAAGAUUUCUCACUCAAUGAAAAUUAUAUUAAUCUCAAUCAUGGAUCAUUUGGAACUGUUCCUAAACCCGUAAUGCAAUCGUAUAGAAUGCUUCAGGAUAGAGUGGAGUCUAACCCAGAUCUCUGGUAUGUUGAAGCAGAGUAUGAAACACCUCUCAAUGAAGCCCGCCGAAGAUUGUCCAAGUUAGUCAACUGUGAUGACAGAGACUUAGUUUUCAUACAAAAUGCUACACAUGGUGUUAGCGAGAUAUUGAACAGUAUCAAGUUUAAUCCAGAAGAUGAGAUCUUUGUUUUUAGUACUACUUAUCCAAGCUGCUUCAAUGCUUGUCGUUCUGUAUUAGACAAAAAUAUUGGUCUACGUAUGACUAUCAUACCACUUACAUUCCCAAGCACACAUGAGGAUAUCAUCGCAGAUUUCGAGACAGCAUUAAUGGGAUCAACAAGUCCUAAAUUAGCGCUGAUUGACGCGAUAGCAUCAAAACCAGGAUGUAGAAUGCCUUGGCAACGUCUGGUGGAGGUGUGCAGGAAAAACUAUGUUCUCAGCUUAGUGGAUGCUGCUCAAGAAAUAGGUCAGCAGACAGUUGAUUUGGCAGAUGCAAAACCAGACUUCUGGGUAUCAAACUGUCACAAGUGGCUUUUUGCCCAGCGUGGAUGCGCUGUUAUGUACGCCGAUAAAGAUGUACAAAAUAUCUUCACUUCAAGCAUGCCGGUCGGACCAUACUAUAAUGGUACUGAGGCUAUCGAAAGCGGCCGCGAACAUCCGUUUGCCAAGUUGCAUUCUUGGAGUGGUACCACCGACCUAUGUCCAUAUUUAUCUGUCAUUCCUGCAUUGGACUAUCGUGAAUCUAUGGGAGGUGAAGCACACAUCAACCAAUAUUGUCACACACUUGCCUUACAAGCUGGUAAAGGUCUUGCAAAGCUAUGGGGUACUUCGAUGCUUGACAAUGGCUUAUACGAGCUCACUGCGAAUAUGGUAAACGUAGAAUUACCACUGGAUUUAACAAGGUUACCUUCUGAUACCAAUAUUACCGACCUCGCAAAGUCUAUUCAACGUCAGCUUAUGCAUUCACCUGAUAAACAAUUUUCAGUUUCAGUCUAUCAUCAUUCAUCUUCUCUCUGGGUGAGAGUAUCAGCGCAAAUCUACGUGAGUUAUGAAGAUAUCGUAUUAGAUUUUGGAUAUAGAGUUUUGGAAGUAUGUAAAGCUUUUUGAUUUAGGGGCCUCCAUAUAUACCAUUGGAUGAAUCGUGCAGGGAUUGAAAUAUCUUGUAAAGUAAAUAUAUACAUAUAUAUAUAUAUAUCUGGAUAUUAGAUACCUUUGGAUACUUUUCAGAUGCUUGUUUUGAGUGACAACACUUAUCUCCGCCACAGGCACUUAAGGUUCAUCUGGGGAUGUUACACUAUAAAUUUCAAUAGGACAAAACUCUAAUUUAUUGCUGGACAACCCCGCGUUCCCCUCACUCGGACCCCACUAUGGAUUCUUACCGUGUAUCUCGCGAACGCCGUUGGAGGUGAACAUAUUUAAGAAAUCAUCUGGUUUUCAAGGGUUUAUCAUAACAAUUAUGGUCUUCUACACUCCAAAGCGUAUUAUUCCAACUACUUUUAAAGCUAUUAGCACGAGAUCAAGAUGCCUAGCUACCAAAGUGGCUCCCAAGGAGAAGGUAAUUGAGUGGCUACAAGACAAUACUGUACUUACUGAUAAGUAGGAUGAAGGCUCUAUAGCUGAUGUCUUCGCCUCGUUAUCUGGUGACAAAGCAGUAGAACUUCCACAGCGUUUUUCUGAUUUGAAGAAAGAAAUCUGGAAAGAUAGCAUUAUAGAAACCUGGAGGGAUGUCCUCGCUAAACUUAAACCAGAAGUUGAAGAGGUAGCUGCUAUUGGUUCUGAGGCGAUUCCGCGUUUGCCUUAUCAUCAAAUCAAGAACGGCACAGAAAAAGAUAUCGUCGAGCGUAUCAAAAAAGUUGGUUCUGUCGUAGUAGAAGGUGGUGUCACCAAGACAGAAGCACUAAAAUGGAAACAAUCUAUACGUGACUAUGCGUCUGCUAACAAGGAUAAAGUUAAAGGUUUUCCGGCAGAUGAUGUACAAGUUUUUGAAUUCUAUCAUACUGUCGCACAAACCCAAGCGAGAUGUCACCCUGCAUUGAGAGACACUCAGCAAUUUUUACUUGAUCUUCUUCACGUUAGCGACCCUCAGUCAGAGAUAAGUCUUGGUAGCCUUAUUUCUUACUAUGAUAGACUACGUAUACGUAAGCCUGGAGAUGCGCAAUUUGCACUUGGGCCUCACAUUGAUGGUGGAUCCCUAGAGCGUUGGGAAGACCCAGGAUAUAGAAGCUGUUGGGAGCACAUUUUGAAUGGUAACUGGAAAGAACAUAACCCAUUCGAUGUAUCUCCACGUCUUAAUGCGCAAUUUGAUUUGUAUGGUGCUGCAGGUGGAUGCUCUGUCUUUAGACCAUUCCAAGGCUGGACCAGUAUGAGUGAAGUGGGACCUCAUGAAGGUACUUUGAGAGUACUCCCAAUUGACCUCAAGCUUGCAACAGCUUAUAUAAUUCUGAGACCCUUCUUCUCACCUGUCAGAGGUCCUGAACACCUUGACUUCAAUGAUUGGAAGCUCAAUCUUGAUAGUACAGACUUUCCAGGAAGCUCGCAAGGUAGAACACAGGAGUUAAAUAUACAUACUCACCCUCAUUUACAACUUGACAAAACCAUGGUAUCUGCUCCACGUCUUUCACCAGGUGAUCAAGUCUAUUGGCACAGCGACGUUGUACAUGCUGUCGAAUCAGAGCAUCAAGGUAAAGGUGACUCAAGUGUACUCUACAUACCAGCGAUCCCUCUGACAGUCAACAACGCUCAUUACCUUAGGGAUCAAGUUAGUCGAUUCAAACAGGGUUUACCACCUUCCGAUUUCCCAGGUGGAGAAGGAGAGUCACAAUUCAUUGGUAGACAAAAAGCAGAAGACAUAGAGGCAGGUCCAUCACGUCAACUCCUCGGUUUGGAGGCCUUCCCAUACCCUCCAAAAGCUACUCCAGGUGCUAAGCGUACAAUAGACAAGUCAAAUGAAAUCUUAUUCAGCUAGAAAGCAACACUUGUAUCAG